GAUUACUUUCAUGGCACGUCUUGCUCUGUUUCUGUGUUUUCUCCCUCUAUUAGCUUUGAUCUCUGGAGUGAACUGUCGUGCUUUAAGUUCUGUGUCUGAGGAUAAUAAUAACUCGAUCUUGGUCUCCGAUGGAGUCCAAGACAGAUCCAGUAACGAGUUUCUCAGUCUUGAUCCGCCAAAUCUAGUUUCCGAUAAUGCUUGUGUUCAUGUAUACGGGUUUCUGCCAUGUGCAGACAAUAUGAAAGGUUACAUCUUCCAAGUUUUCUCGUUUGGUUGUCUGUUGAUAAUCGGUGAAUACUUUUUGUCUAAAGGAAGGUCUAAGCUCUUUGUCAUCUUCGAGGUUGGUUUCUUUGGCGGUAUCAUCUUCCCUCUUCUUACAAUGUUCCCAAGAAUCGCCCUUAUUCUCUCGACUGGACUAAUGGGAAGCCGCGAAAUGGCAAACUCGAUGGUGGGUAAUAACGUUGCAGUUACUGUGGGAUACAGUGUCUUUGCUUUGACAAUGCAAUGGGGAGCUUGUGUUGUCUUUGGCUUGCCUGCUUUGGCAUCAGAUUCGCCCACAAGUGACGAAGAAGUCCAGAUUACAACUUCUGGAACAAAGAGUCCAAGGCGAAAAUUUAUCAGGAACAAACUAUUUAAGGAUCUUGCUGGAGCUAGCGUAAGAGCAGAUCCUAAGAACAGGAAAGCUGCAGGGAUUAUGCUCUUGACUUUAUUCCCCUUCGUCUUGGUCACCUUUUCAGAGACAUUUCACUCAAAAUCUUGGGAUGACUCUAUCAUUUUGAUUACACUCAUAGUCUCUGGUUCUGCAAGUGUUCUCUUCUUUGUUUAUUUGUACUUUGAUAAAGUGGACCAAGUUAAGAGCUUAGACAACGCGAGGUUUGAGCUUAUGUCAGAAGUUCAUAAGCACUUGCAGAAUUUUGCACCUCAAAGCCUUAUAAGAGACAAACAACUAAGUAAAGAGAGCUUGAAAAGUUUGUUUGAAAAGAUCGAUGUCAACAGAGACGGAAAGAUUCAAGUUUCAGAGUUAAAAGAUCUGACUGUGGAGUUUGGGGUGUUGGGGAGAAUGAAGUGUGACGUACAUGAGCUUACCACUACAUUGCUCGCUGAUUUCGACAGUGAUAGAGAUGGUGAGAUAGAUGAGACUGAAUUCGAGAAAGGGAUUGAAAAAUGGCUGAAACAAUACAAGUUCACCGCGGAUAGCGCCGAGCCACAAAGAGAGUACCAAGCUUUGCAGGAGGAUGAUAGAGUUUUGAAGAUGGAAAUACUAAAUGAAUGUGUCUUUACUAAGUUGCUGACAAAGAGAACCUUGAAAGCUGUCACUGAAGUCAUUAUAGGGAUUCUGAUUGUCAGCUUUCUUGCAAUGCCUUUCAUGAUGAAUAUCGAACUUUUAUCGGUAUCGGCUGGAGUUCCUUCCUUCUAUGUUGUCUUUGCGGUGAUCCCUUUGGCAAGAAACCUAAAGAACGCUUUGUCUGCUCACUUCUGUCGCAAGAAAGACCAAGCGAGAAUCACAUCAGAUAAAUUCUUUGAGAUCUACAGAGAUGUUACAUUGAACAAUCUGCUGGGGAUUACAAUUAUAUUGGCGAUUGUGUACACGAGAGGAUUGAGUUGGGAUUACUCAACAGAAGUUCUCAUUAUUGUGAUUGUUGGCCUCAUAAUAGGAGUACCAGCUUAUGUGAGAUCAACGUAUCCGUUUUGGAUAUGUGUCUUGGCUUUUGCUCUCUACUUCUUCUCUCUUGUCCUAAUCUAUCUUCAUGUCAACUCUCUCUAGAGAAGUGAACCUUUUCCAAGAGUUAUUUUCUCUCACGAUUCCAUAGUUUCCCCUAUUUCGAUCCCAAUCGGCCGAUGUAUUUCCAAUGUUUUGUCUGCGUUGUAUGUUUACACGCUGUUUGGUGCGUAAUCAGAUGAAUAUAAAGUGUUGUUAUGUCCG